AUGAAGCGUGGCAGCAGCGGUCAACAGGACAACGUGGCGCGCUUGACAGCGAAGGGGUUCGGGAAGGCCAAGGCUACUCAAGCGCUGAAGGAUGCCGGCAACAACGUAGAGGUAGCCCUGCGGAUUCUGGAACGGCAGCGUGAUCAGCAGCAGCAGCCGCGAGCGCGCGGGAUAGAUGGAGCGUGCACGUCGACCAGCACGGCCUCAGCGGCUAUCCCAUCGCUGAACCGGACGAAGCCGCCGCCGACGUCGACUCUGUUCGCUGGCUCUUCUCCCGCCGCCGAGGCCAUGCGCCGGCAGCGAGAGCGGCACCACCCCUGCGUCGUGCAGUUUGGCUCGUGCCAGUAUGGCCAGUACUGCGUCCUCAAGGAUCUCCCCGGUGACGUCUGCGUGCAGCACUUUCAAGGCAGUUGCGUGUACGGUGAUACCUGCCGCCAUCGCCACACGAUCGAAGGCGUCGAUGUUCGCGAUUAUGUGUGGGGGACCUCUGAGGACGGUGACGCGGAGCCCGUGCUGCGAAACGGUGACUUGAUGUACCGCGUGCGCGCCGUAGAUGGGAUGGGGUCGAAGGUGCAGACGGCCGAGCCUAUAGUUGACCAGGCCGACGCCCACGCACGUGAUGAUGAUGGUGAGUGCGACGGUGGCGACGUGGCGCACCGACGGCUCGCCGCUCCGCCGCUGCUCGCCUCCGAUUUUAACCUGAUUCGCGGGUCCGUCCCAUCUUACACAGAGCCGAUGCUGUCGUCGCCGCCGUAUGCAUUCUACGGCGAGGUGGUGGAGGGUGAGGGCAGCGAGGAGGGUGAUGGCGCAGGGUGUGGCGCAACGAAAUCGGGUCCGGCAGAGGCCUUGGUGGCGCAUCCGACACCGUUCCGCGACCUGGUGAAGGGCAGCGCUGGUGCUGGGCAGCCCCCUCCACCACAGCGACCGCUGCCGUCAUCAUCGACGCCGACUUCUCCUCCAGUGACGGCGACUGCUCGUCGCGCUCGUGCACGCCACCCCUGCAUCGCGCAGUACGGCAGCUGCAAGUUCGGCGACGCCUGCGUCCACGCUGACCGCGACGCGGACGUAUGCGUGCACUUCCUUAACCGCCGUUGCCGCUACAGCGCAGACGAGUGCCGUUACCGCCACGAAACGGAGGCGGAGUACCACGCCGCGUUGCUCGCUCGCACCGCUCCGCCGGGGUCGACUGCGGACGCGAUAGGCGAGCGGAAGGAGCAGCGAUACACCGACAAACCGAAGAGCCGCUUGCAAGGCGGCCCUUCGCGAAAGGCAACGGCGCCAGACUCGGGCCGAGACACGUCCUCCGAUGCCCAAGCACCGUCGCUAGCGCUGCCGUCCCUGGAGGACUUGGCGGCGCUGCCCGAAGCACUGCGGUCAGUUGACCAUGCCGUAUCGACUCACCACGGCGGCGGCGACGGCGACCACCUCAGCAGCGCCUCUGAGAUGCAUGUCUUCCUCGGGUUGCUGGAGGUGUUCCCGAGUGUCGAGCCGGCGGUGGUGCUGCAGGCGCUGCGCAUGAGCGGCGGAGACCCGAUCCGCGCCAGUGACGUUAUUGCCCACGUUGGCGCCGUCUCGACAACGGCUGAGAUGGACGACGUGGCCGCUGCACUUGCGUUGGCGUCGGCCGAGGAGGCAGCGGAGCGCGAGGCGGCGGUGGACGACGCUGCUGCGGCAGUGGCGCUAGAGCGCCACAACGCCCUCUUGACACUCAUCUCCCUCUUCCCAGUGGUCGACCCGGUUGCAGUGGAGGCGGUGCUGUCGCAGCACCACGGUGCCUUCGCAGACGCGUACAACGUACUCCUCUGCGCGCAGGAGAACGUGGCUCGGUCAGCCAUGUGGAGCGGGAGCACGGCGACUAUGACGCCAGCCGAUCAGCUCCGCGUUGAGAAGCUGUGCGUGAUGUUCCCCGGGCUCGACGCGGACGUCGUGCGGAGCGCCUACUGCGCCGCAGACCGUCAGUGGAGUCGCGCGACAGCGGCGCUGAACGCGCUGACGAAGGAGCUGCUCUCCCUCGACUCUGUCGAGGCGGCGCCAGCGAAGACGGCUGCAGCGGCGACGGUGGAGUGGCGGCCACCGCAUCCUGCGACGGCGACGACAGCGGUCGCAGGGGACGACGGCAGCAGUGCCGGCGGUGUGCAGACGACCCGUGAAGAAACGAGCGCGGAGGUCUACAGCGCCUAUCGAGCAGCGGAGAGUGAGAUACUCGAGUUUGGGGACUGGCGGCGGGUGCGGGAGCGGGCGUACUUGAUGAACACGCAGCGUCUCCGCGUCCUGGGCCAGGCCACCGCUGCCUUUUCAAGCGGGGACGGCAGGACGGCGAGAGUCCUUAGCAGCGAGGGCCGUCGGCUCGGUCUCGAGUACAACCGUCUGAACCGCUUGGCGAUGCUCGCUCUGGAGCAGGAGCGGCUGCGCACAGAUGCCACAAGCACCCUCGACCUCCACGGCUUCCACAACACUGAGGUGCAUGACGUGCUGGUCCGUCGCGUCCGCGUCUGCCAGAGCCAUCGUAUUGGACACCUCCGCAUUGUGACGGGGCAGGGCAAGCACAGCAGGCACGGCCAUCAGUCGCUCUACCCCACCGUCAUGGAAGACCUCCGCACAGACGCUUUUUUGAGUGCUGCCGUGAAGGUCAAGUCCAUCAAGGCUGGCUACAUCGACGUCACGGUGCGACUGCCGACCACCGAGCCCUAA